GGCAACCAGAUCAGGUGACCCCCCAACUGGGUGGGUAGAAGAAUUUUCAUAAAACAAGAUCUUGCUUAUUGUCGGUCAUUGACCCUCCGCUGCAUUUAGUCUCCUUUGCGCUAAGGGCUACAAAUCCUACAAUGUCGAUUAUCGUACAGCGUCCCCAUUAGGGUCUUCACUCUUCCUCUAUUGGAUAGUUCGAUUGAGCCUCUUCUUUCAGCCUCAAGUUAACCUUUUUCAGUUCUUUGCACUCGAGCAUCUCGCUUCCUCUGAUCUCGGAACAUCCAGUUUUCAAUUUCUGGAUGCGCCAUUGGCUACAACAGCUGCAAGCCUAUCAUUAGUGAUUUAAAAGCAUUUCUACCCCUUCAGCCUCAAUGAGUAGUAGAGUUUCGUCAACACCUUUUUCUUCUUCCCAUGGAUGGAAAUAUGAUGUUUUCCUGAGUUUUAGAGGGGCAGACACCCGCUUGAAUUUCGUAGACCAUCUAUCUGCUGCAUUGGAUCGGAAAAGGAUUGUGAGCUUCAGAGAUGAUAAAGACAUUGAGAAAGGAAACACCAUCGACUCGGAACUGCAAAAAGCCAUUUUGGAGUCGAGGAUUUUCCUUGUCAUUGUUUCACCAAACUAUGUUUAUUCCACAUGGUGUUUGGAUGAACUUCUGAAGAUUCUUCGCUGCAGAAAGCGCAAGGGGCAAGUAGUAUUACCGGUAUUCUACCAUGUGCAGCCCUCUGAUCUGCGGGACAGAAAUGGAAGUUUCUUGAACGCCGUUGCAGAAUGUCAUUGGCAACAAGUUCACUGGGACAAAAUAGACAAGUGGAAGAAUGGUUUGAUCCAGCUGACUAGUAUUGCUGGGUGGGUACUAACAAGGGAUAGGCACGAGGCAAGUAUUAUCAAAGAUAUUGUUAGAGUUGUAAGAAAACGUUUGUUGCCAGGUAAUCUGCAGAAGAGUAGAACUGGAAGGUUGAUGAAGCCAGUUGCUGCAGAACAAGAAGCUGUUCCUUUGAACAAAACAAAGGACUGGAGAGCUGCUUUGACUGAGGUUGCUGGUACUGCUGAGUGGGACACAGAGGAUAACAACUAUAAUGACUGAUACUCGAAGCCUCUUGAUAUGCGGAUCAAAUUACAAAAGUUGGCCUCUUGCAAUCUCUUACAGAUCCUCUUCAGUUUUCAAUGCUACUUAUGGACGAAAAUAUCUGGAGCUAUGUUACUGAAUAUCUCCAUCAAUAUGUAGUUUUGUUGGUUGGGUCUUAUUUUUAAUCUGUCUCUUUUCUUUGAUUUUUAUUUUUUUGUUGGAAUGUUUUUGAUCCCAAUCUUAUAAUUUGGUAAAAAUACCCCUUUCAGAAUAAGUUUCCUUGAAUUGUUUCUUGCAGAGCCACAAGUUAACAUGCUUGAAAUCUAGUGUGAUUGUGUUUGUGUUAGACUUUCUUUCUUUAAGAAAUUAUUGUUACAUCAUU